CUUCAUUUAAAGGAGAGUUGGCAACUCUUACAAAUGUCAAAAGUGACUAAUCUGAAGAAUUAUUACAAUUUUGCUCGUGUGGUUUUUUGCUCUAAUAUUUUCCUUUUAGAAAAUAAACAAUAUUUGAAAUAAAAAAUAAUGGCAGACAAUGAAUUAGACGCCUUGCGUGCCGAGCGUAUGGCUCAGUUACAGCAACAAUAUGGUGGCAGUGGCGGCAACAAUGCUGAAAAACAACAGGCUCAGCAGGAACAGAUGCGCCAGCAGGAGGAAAUGAAACACUCCAUACUUUCACAAGUGCUAGACCAACAAGCACGCGCCCGACUGAACACUUUGAAAAUCAGCAAACCUGAAAAGGCACAAAUGUUUGAGAAUAUGGUGAUACGCAUGGCCCAAAUGGGACAAGUGCGCGGCAAACUAGACGAUGCACAGUUUGUCAGCAUACUCGAGAGCGUAAACGCACAAAUGCCUCAAAGUAAAUCAACAGUUAAAUAUGACCGAAGACGUGCUGCCAUCGAUUCAGAUGAUGAUGAUGACUACGGCUGCUGAUUGUACGCAAUCGUCAAAAGCCGAUAUGAAGGAACCUAUAGGAUGCAAGUUUGUUGGAGAUACUUAUUUUGUAAAUCGCAGAUCUUUCAUAUAGGAGUUGCUCUUGUGCGACUAUAUGCCGUUUGCAAAAUUCUUUUAAGCUAAUUAAUGUCAAAUUUGGGCCUCUUUUAAGUGUGCUUUGCUUUGAAAGGUGCCGAAAAGUGUCUACUUUAAUGCUUUUUUCAUUAACAUUUAAAAAUUGCUGAGAAAGUUACUCGUCCUAAUGCUAACCUCUACGUAUAAUGCUAGAAAUAUAGAAAUAAUAAAAAUAAAUAAAACUUUAGAUAAUUCUUUUAA